CCAUCGCCUCCGAGAGGCGUCGUGGGGGGCCGUGGGGGGGAGGGGGUGGGGGGGCAGGCUCCCGCUCACGCCAUUUCUUGGCGGGCCCGAGCUCCCGGCAGGGGCCGAUGGGAAAGCGGUGACCUCACCGGAUCUACGUGUCCCGAAGUGUGUGGCCCCGGACCAAUGACGGGGGUCGGUCUGUAGUCGCUAGGAGACCGCAGCGUAAGGGCCCGAGUCCUGGGUCCCAACCCGGUGGCUGGAGAAGUUGGGACCCGCCGAGCCCCGCCGAGCCCUGCCGAACCCCCGCCGAGCCCCGCCGAAGCCGCCGAGCCCGCAGAGCCCCGCCGAAGCCGCCGAGCCCGCCGAGCCCCGCAGAGCACCGCCGACCUAGGCCCGUCGCCGAGCCAGAGCGCAGCCGAGGCCCAGCAUGCCGGCCAAGAGGAGCCAUCAAGGGUCGUCCGGAGGCCAGAGGCAGGCCCGCUCCCGCACCGCCCGAGCCGAGCUGUCGUUCUCCGUGAGCCACGUGGAGCGCCUCCUGCGCGAAGGCCGCUACGCCCGGCGCCUGGGCUCGUCCGCGCCGGUCUUCCUAGCGGCCGUCAUCCAGUACCUGACGGCCACCGUCCUGGAGCUGGCGGGCAACGAGGCCCGGAACUGCGGCAGGACGCGCAUCACCCCGGAGCUCGUGGACAUGGCGGUCCACAACAACGCGCUGCUCAGCCGCUUCUUCGAGUCCACCACCAUCUCCCAGGUGGCCCCGCCCCACGACUAGCUGCCGCCGCACACCACCCGGCCGCUCGGCCCGCCCGCCCCAGCCGGGCCUGCUCACCGCUGCGGCGGCCCGGGGCGGGCUGGGGCCUCGGGCCCAGUCCCUCGCAGUCCCCACAAGGGGCUCAAGAAACCCGUGUGUCCAAGCAAUAAAAGCCAA